AUGUAUUGUAUAUACUUACCAUUGCAUGCUAUAUUUUGCUAUUAUUUUGACACUGUCACUUCUACUAAUUUUUUACUUGUAGAUACCCAGCGAGCUUUGCUGGCUGUGGAACGGUUACAGGCAAAGCUACGAGAAAGAGGGGAUACAGCAAAUGAGGAGAGACUGAGUUUAUUGAGAUCUGUGCUACAGAGCCCACUCUUCAACCAAAUCCUGAACUUGCGGAGCUCUGUUCAACAUUUGAAAGAUCAGGUGAACGUCGUGCCGCCUGCCAUACCUCCAGGCGUUGAUCUUUCUCAAGCUGCCUGCUCACCUGUUACUUCUAUUUCAUCUCCACUGAAUGAAUCGUACAUGAUAGCUCAGCAGAAUGGAAGUAAAGAAAUUGAACAUGAAACCUCAGUGCAGCAAGGCAAGCAGUCCAAUGAAGAAUUUGAGCAGAUUUUGAGGAAAAUGGCCCAUGGUCGUUCCAUUGAAUACAUAAAUUUGAUGAAACCUGCCUGCGAUGGUUUGGGGUUCAGUAUUGUAGGACUUAAGAAUGAAAAUAAUGGGGAACUGGGGAUCUUUGUUCAAGAAGUCCAAGAGGGCAGUGUGUCAGCAAGAGAUGGUAAACUAAAGGAAUCGGACCAAAUCCUAGCUAUCAACAGACAGCUCCUAGAUCAGACUGUCACCCAUCCACAAGCUAUUGGCAUCCUGCAGAAAGCCACAGAACAGGUUCAGUUGGUGGUUGCCAGAGGAUCUGUUCCACGUUUGUCCAGUCCAGGAGCUUCACGUACACCGUCGGAUGCGAGUACACUCUCUGCCCAUUCUUCUUCUGUCCACUGGCAGAUUGUUGAAACGAUUGAGCUAGUAAACGAUGGCUGUGGUUUGGGAUUUGGAAUUGUAGGUGGAAGAACAACUGGUGUAAUUGUGAAGACUAUUUUACCUGGAGGAGUUGCUGACCUACCUGAACCAAUCUGUUGUCAGGGUGUUGAUGGUGAAAUAUUCGAUGUGGAACUUACAAAAGAUGUUCAUGGACUAGGCAUAACUAUUGCUGGUUAUGUUGGUGACAAAAAUCUAGAGCCUUCUGGUAUCUUUGUGAAAAGCAUAACUCAAGCAAGUGCGGUUGAACAGGAUGGAAGAAUACAUGUUGGUGAUCAGAUAAUAGCUGUGGACGGAACAAAUAUUCAAAGCUUCACUAACCAUCAAGCAGUGGAAAUGUUGCGUCACACUGGCCAAACUGUGCAUCUUAUUUUAAUGAGGAGGGGACUUGAACCAGAAACUUUGACACAGCCUGAGUGCAAAGAUGAAGUAAAACCUGAAAAGUGUGGAGAUGUCCUCACAAUAGAUAAUAAACAUGCUUCAGCAAUGAUUGAAGAUUCAUCAGCUUUGGUGAAUUGGAUUUCAAAUACUUCAUCUGUUGCUGAGCAAGGAAUUGAAGCUGAAAGUGAAACCAGGUUCACAGCAGGCUUUCAGCUGAACUCAUCAGAAGAGGAAAGACUUUGUGUUAAAUGGCAGGAUAUUCUUGGAACUAACUCUCAAAUUGUGGUGACUCAAGUAACAAAGUUCAGUGAAAGUAGUGGCCUUGGUAUAAGUUUGGAAGCCGCUACUGGGCAUCAUUAUAUACGUUCCAUUCUCCCUGAGGGACCCGUGGGAUGUAACGGGAGACUGUAUAGUGGAGAUGAGCUAUUAGAGGUGAAUGGAAUACCACUCCUUGGUCAGAGCCACAAAGAUGUUGUCAGUAUACUAAAAGACUUGCCUAUCAGUGUCACCAUGAUCUGCUGCCGCCCAAUCCUGAAGUCCAAGAAGGAAACUGAUGUAGAUCAUAUGGUUCCUAUAGAAGAACCCAUUCAGUCAAUAGAGGAGCCAUUGGAAUUUCUUCAUUCAUCGGCAUCUCUAGCUUGGAUUGAGGAUCAAACAGAAUCCAUUGUUGCCCAUGGAUUUUUACAGCGUCACAUCAAUCUAAAUGAGAUUAAUGCAACAUCUAAUACAGAUGAUGCUGUGGUGGGUGAAAUGGAAAGAAAGCAGAGUGACGUUGAGGCACAGAGUUCUCUGGCAAUGUGGGAGUCUGAAAUCCAAAACAUAGAACUGGAGAAGGGGAGCUCAGGCCUUGGGUUCAGCAUUCUGGAUUAUCAGGAUCCAGCUGACCCAAUGCGAACAGUUAUUGUAAUUCGAUCGUUAGUGCCCAGUGGAGUGGCAGAACAAGAUGGUCGACUUCUUCCAGGAGACCGACUCAUGUUUGUUAACAACAUCAACUUGGAGAAUGCUACUCUUGAAGAAGCGGUUCAGGCACUGAAAGGUGCAUCAGGAGGCAAAGUUAGAAUUGGGGUAGCCAAACCUCUGCCAGUAGAAGCAACUGAAACAGGUUUUGCUGGUGGAAAAACGUUUGACAAGGACUUAUCAUUUGAGGAAGAGGAUGAACAUCAAUCUUCAACUGUUGCCAUGCAUGGCAGUGCUUGUAGUUCAGACCUGAAUGUUAACCUCUCAAUUCUAUCACUGACUUAUGAGGAUGCACAAGAAAAUUCCUUGGGUGCUUGCAGCAUGUCCUCCACUGAAGAGAGUGAUGAGAAACAGAUGUCCUUAGCCAAAGGAUUUGAGAAAACCAUUACCAUUGCAAAAGGCAGUGCUAGUCUGGGAAUGACUGUGAGUGCCAGUAAAGAUGGCUCAGGAAUGAUGGUGCGUAACAUUAUUCAUGGUGGAUCCAUCAGUCGUGAUGCCCGAAUUGGGGUAGGUGACUCCAUCUUAGCAAUCAAUGGGGAACCAACUACAGAUCUCACCAAUGCUGAGUCUCGUGCGAUGCUUCGAAGAUACUCUUUAACUGGACCAGACAUAAUUAUCACAUAUGUACCUGCAGAGAACUUGGAAAAGUAUAGGCUGAUCAUGAGUAGACAACUUGAAGGAAUCACCACAGCUAAUGCAUCAUCAUUGCUCCCUGCCAGCACUGAGUUGCCAGAGAGGGAAGAAGGUGAGGGAGAAGAGAGUGACCUGCCAAAUUCAUCCUACAACAACUGGAGACAAGCUCGGCGAGUGGAGUUAUGGCGAGAACCUGCAAAGUCAUUGGGAAUCAGUAUUGUUGGUGGAAGAGGAAUGGGGAGCCGACUGAGUACUGGAGAGGUCAUGAGAGGAAUAUUCAUCAAACAUGUCCUAGAGGACAGUCCAGCUGGAAGAAACAGAACGUUAAAAACUGGGGACAGAAUUGUUGAGGUAGAUGGGGUUGACUUGCGAGAUGCCAGCCAUGAAGAGGCAGUUGAAGCUAUACGAAAAGCAGGCAAUCCUGUAGUGUUUUUAGUCCAGAGUUUAAUAAGCAGGCCUCGGAAACAACCUUUGUCUUUCCUGCAAUCUAACCCCUUGCCUGAAUCGAGCAGUGGCAGCAACAGUACUAACCUAUUUGCUGACUCUUUUCAGACCCACAAUAGCCAGACCUCUACAGCUUCAAUUGAUGAGAAGGCCUUCUGUCAAGCCCAUUAUUCUAUGACCAAAAGUCCAUUUCCUGAAAAUAAAUUCAAGGUUUCUGCAUCUCGAGCUAGGACUUUUCUGCACCCUUUCCCAACUAACUCAUAUGCAAUCAAUCCAUUUAAGACCGCCAGCCAGCCAGAUAUAGAGACUGAAAUUAUGUCAGCACUCUCAGAUCCACAGCUAUUGCCAUCUGAAUCUGUUGAACAAGAGGAGACAAGCUCAAUUGUGGCAUCACAAGAGAACAUGGGCAAUAAAUCAGAAGAUGGAUUGGAGGAAGUUGAUGAAUUUGGUUACAGCUGGAAAAAGAUCAAACAACGAUAUGGAAGCUUGAUGGGAGAGCUGCAUAUGAUUGAGCUGGAGAAGGGGAAGAGUGGGCUAGGUCUGAGUCUGGCUGGCAACAAGGACCGAUCCAGAAUGAGUGUUUUUGUAGUUGGCAUCGAUGCAAAUGGAGCAGCUGGUAAAGAUGGCAGGAUACAGAUUGCAGAUGAGUUGCUAGAGAUAAAUGGGCAGUUACUAUAUGGUCGUAGUCAUCAAAAUGCUUCAUCAAUAAUCAAAAGUGCGCCACCAAAAGUGAAGAUUAUAUUUAUUAGAAGCACAGAUGCAGUCAAUCAAAUGGCAGUCAGUCCUGCAAAAUUGGCUGAUAUAAUCACAGCUACUUCAGGAACCCACCAGGAGAAAGAGCCAAGUACAUCAUUAUCCCAAACUGGAAAGGAUCUGACCUUGUUUAAAAAUACUCAACAUAUUCUACUUGCUAAGGAUCAAGGUGGACUUGGAAUUGCAAUUAGUGAAGAGAGUACACAUGAUGGUGUGAUUAUUAAGAGUUUAACAGAAAAUGGUACAGCUUCAAAAGAUGGAAGGAUUAAGGUUGGGGAUCGUAUCUUGGCUGUGGAUGAUGAACCUGUUGCGGGACACCCUGUUGAAAAGGUUGUAAGUUUGCUGAAGAAAGCAAAGAAUACUGUAAAACUAACCAUCAGUUUGGAUGAAGUGAAUAUACAGACACCAUCUGUUUCCACUGCUUCAUUCGAGUCUAAAAGCAUUCAGUCUCCUUCAAUACAGAACAUUGCUGAAUCGGCUGAUACAGAUUCCGACAAUAAGGGCUCGAGCAGAGCUUCAUCCCCCGGUUCUUCAUCUUUCGACAUAUCAUCUUGUCCAAUUGUCCCUGGACGAGAAACAACGAUCGAAAUUUCAAAAGGACGCACUGGACUUGGGCUGAGUAUUGUUGGAGGAGCAGAUACGUUAUUGGGUGCCAUAAUUAUUCACGAAGUCUAUGAAGAAGGAGCUGCAGCCAAAGAUGGCAGACUGUGGGCUGGUGAUCAGAUAUUGGAGGUUAAUGGAAUUGAUUUGAGAGUUGCCACUCAUGAUGAAGCAAUAAAUGUUCUGAGACAAACUCCACAAAAAGUACGGCUGACAGUCUACAGGGAUGAAGGUCAUUAUAAGGAGGAAGAUAUGUAUGAUUUGCUGAUUGUUGAAUUGCACAAGAAACCAGGGAAAGGUCUUGGACUGAGUAUUGUUGGAAAAAGAAAUGAUACUGGGGUCUUUGUGUCAGACAUUGUGAAAGGAGGAAUAGUAGAUCUGGAUGGAAGCCUUGUGCAAGGGGACCAAAUACUGUCUGUGAAUGGAGAGGAUGUUCGAAGCGCAACUCAGGAGACUGUUGCUGCUAUGCUGAAGUGUGCACAAGGCACAGUGAGAUUAGAGGUUGGCAGGUUAAAGGCUGGAUCAUUCUCACCUGAUAGAAGAGGUUCCCAAAGUAGCCAGGUCAGUGAAGGGAGUAGUAGUGGCGGACUGACCACGUUCUAUUCUGCUACAUCUGGAUCUACCCAAGCUGAUCUACACGAAACUGGGUACAGAAAACCUGCCUGGACUGAGAUCCAAGGGCUAAGAACCGUGGAGUUUAAUAAGGGGCCUACUGAUUCACUGGGAAUCAGCAUUGCAGGAGGAGUAGGUAGUCCUCUUGGAGAUGUCCCCAUUUUUAUUGCAAUGAUGCAGCCAAAUGGAGUAGCAGCCCAGACCCAGAAGCUGCGGAUUGGGGACAGAAUUGUAAGUAUUUGUGGGAAACCUACAGAGGGCUUGACUCAUUCCCAGGCUGUCAGCGUGCUGAAGAAUGUUUCAGGUCGUAUUGAAUUACAGGUGGUUGCAGGCGGUGAUGUUAGUGUGAUAACUAAUCAGCAGCAGGAGCAUACCACAACUACACUUUCUGUCUCAGGAUUGAUAGCAAGUAGCAUCCUUCAUGAUGACCUAGGGCCUCCACAAUAUAAAACAAUUACUUUGGACAGAGGUGCUGAUGGACUGGGCUUUAGUAUUGUUGGUGGAUAUGGCAGUCCUCAUGGAGAUCUUCCUAUUUAUGUGAAGACAGUAUUUGUGAAGGGAGCAGCUGCUGAAGAUGGGCGCCUGAAACGUGGGGAUCAAAUAAUUGCUGUCAAUGGACAAAGCCUCGAGGGCGUGACACAUGAAGAAGCUGUUGGUAUCCUGAAGCGCACAAAAGGGAAUGUUACUCUAACAGUACUUUCCUAAUGUAUGUUAUUCUAGAUGAAGACACUGAAGCUUAAUGUGACUCUUUAUUUGGACUUUACUGAUGAGAAUUGAAGUGAAUUUAUGCAUACUUUCCAACAUAUGAAUUAGGAACAGAAGUAGUCAUUUGAGAAUUGAGAAAAUGAAAUGUUUUAUGUCAUAUCAAGAGAAUUUUGGAUUUAAGACAGUGGGUUGCAAAAUUAAAUAAAUUUAAACACAGUAAACAGGCUGCCAUAGUAUUCCCACACAUCAUAUUCAGGAUCUCAAUUGUAGAAGCUUUUGAUUGCUCACAGUGUAGUCUAUGGUUUUUUUUUUCAGAUGCAACAUUAUUUUUAACUUUAUUUUCAAACUUCUAUAUUUGCCCAUUUUAGGUCUGGAAAAUAGUUCCAGAAUUACUGUCUAGCUUCUAUUAUUUUCUGCUUUUAAAUGGUUACCAAACAUUUUCCAGUUGAACAGCUGGUUGGUGGUUCAAUAAAGUAUUAUUACUUUAAUAAUACUGCUAUUGAUCAGUUUCAAUAAAAAGAUAAAUGCAAUUUAACUGCUUUAGAUUUUUGCAUUUUAUAGCUCAUUGGCAGUGUUUUUCUGUGAAAUUCUGAGUUAUCUUGAAAUAGCUGACUGUAAUGCAAAUUCACUGGUUAAAAAUUGAUGUGUUUCCUGAACAGAGUUCUUAAAUCACACAUCCCCUAUCAUUAUGUGUAACGAAUGUCGAAGAAAACCAUCAUUGGGAGUAAUGGUGUUGAAUUAUCAGAAACAGUUAGUUGACAUGAUGGUAGAAUUGCAUGGAAAUUUAAGUUGACUGACUCGAAUUUACUUACCCAGCCAUAGUUACCUUAGCGCUGUAACAGAGAAUGAUAAUGAAGUACUGUUUGCUGUCUUUGACUGCAAAGUGACUGAAAAUUAAUUUCAUCAAAUGAUCAAGGUGCCCAUGUAGGUUCCUGCACCUUGACUAAUUAAUAUUAAUGAGGCCUUAACUCAAUUUCAGGCCUGCCUUAGAUCUCCUGUUUUUUCAGGUGCAUAAUACACCUAUAUCCUCUCCUUCAACCUGAAACCAAGUGCUGAUAAGCUUAUGUCCCUCUGACUCUUCUGAAAGUAAUCACAGUAAAUGUCCACUGAACAGCCGUUAUUCACAGAGCAAGAUUCUGUAAACGGCAUUAAAUUUUGUGAUCAAUUCACUUCUUUUUGAAGAAAGGGUAAAAAUGAACUGAAAGUAACUAUGUACGAUGCAUUUUGGCUAAGUAUUUUAGCAAUGAUCAGUUGAGUGUACCUGCUUAUGAAUUCUUGGAAAUGUAUGGGGUAGUAAUUCUUAAGCCCAAGUCUGCUGCUUACCAAGCACAUUGAGUAGCUGGAACAGCGUGUUAAGACUGCACUAAACAAGCUAGUUCAGUAGAGAAGUAUGUUCACCUAAUAGGGGUGGAUUAUUAGCUUUGCAAUUAGUUAGGUAAUCUGGCAUAGUGGAUCACCCACCCUUUAUAAAUUGUUCUUCACCAAUUAUCAUUCCUUUCACUUCAAUGGAAUAAGACUCAUACAGACUCCUUGAAAGGUCUGUUUUUGCCAAUUUAUAAUAAGCAAGUGAAGGCGAAAAUCUAUUCUUUUUAUCUUAACAGUAUUAUUAUAGCUCAACUUAAAUGUUGUGUUUGGGUUAGAAUUGUGUGUUUUGGUAAAUAUGCCAUUUUCACUCUAACCAAGUGUGUUUAACUCUAUAUAGAUCCAAAAGUAAAUGUUACAGUUAUCUUUACAAUCAUUUGAUCAAUGUUCUUGGAUGAGUGAACUAUUGUUCGUUUGAGUUAGCAAUGCUAAUUUUAACAAAAAAAAGAAACUAUGUUAGUCAGUACAUUGUUAAUCUAAACUCAUACAUAAUUUUAGAAUAUUUUGCUUUUGUAUGCUCUGAAAUGUAUCUAUUUUGAUUUUAAAGUAAUGUACAAUAUCCUUCUGU